AAAAUAUCUCAUCUUCAUGGUACUAUUAGGAUGGUCGAAAUCACAAAGUAAUGUAAAAUCAAAGUACACAAAAAUUUGAACUUUCCCUCUAAAGAAAACAGCCUAAUUUAAAUAGCGGCGCCGCCGAGAAGCGAAUGAGUGAAAGUUCACUUAUGACAUGAGUUAUGGCCCAAUAUCUGUGGCAAUUGAAUCCUCUUCCUCCCUUUUCACCAAAAUACUCCAUUACACUCAAUCCACUAACCUUCCGAAAGGCCAAUCUCUUCACGCUCAUCUUAUUAAAAUCGGUUCUUCCUCUUCUUGCAUUUACCUAUCCAACAGCAUUGUCAACUUGUACGCCAAAUGCCACCGCUUGUCCGACGCUCAUUUAGCAUUUCAAGAAAUACAGAACAAAGAUGUUGUCUCAUGGAACUGUCUCAUCAAUGGGUAUUCUCAAUCGGGUCGUCGAGAUUCUUCCAUUUCCGUGCUCAAAUUGUUCAAGCAAAUGAGACAGGAAAAUGCGCUCCCAAAUCCGCACACCUUUGCUGGGAUUUUUUCUGCUGUUUCGUCUUUAGGGGAUGCCGGGUUUACUGGGAAGCAAGAACAUUGUCUUGCUUUCAAACUCGGUUAUCUAUCUGAUGUAUUUGUCGGGAGUUCUUUGUUGAAUGUGUAUUGUAAAGCUGGGAGGAAUCAUAUUGUGGAGGCGCGCAAGAUGUUUGAUGAAAUGCCUGAGAGAAAUUCUGUUUCUUGGACUACGAUGAUAUCUGGGUAUGCGUGGCAGAGGCUGGUCAAGGAGGCAGUGGGGGUGUUUAGGGUGAUGUUAUGGGAGCGAGGGGAUGAUGCGAAUGAGUUUGUCUUCACUAGUGUUCUUAGUGCGAUUGCAUUGCCCGAGUUUAUUAAUGUAGGAAAGCAAAUUCAUUGUCUUUCGUUGAAGAAUGGAUAUUUGUGGACUGUUUCUGUUGCUAAUGCUACUGUUACUAUGUAUGCGAAGUGUGGGAGUUUGGAUGAUGCAUGUUCGGCGUUUGAGCUCUCCUCUGAAAAGAAUUCGAUAACCUGGUCUGCGUUAAUUACAGGUUACGCGCAGAAUGGGGAUUGCGAGAAGGCGUUGAAGUUGUUCUCUGAGAUGCAUUACAGUGGGAUGAAUCCGAGUGAGUACACUCUGGUUGGGGUGCUUAAUGCGUGUAGUGAUUUUGAUGCACUUAGAGAAGGAAAACAGGUGCAUGGAUAUCUAUUGAAGUUAGGAUUUGAGCCUCAAAUGUAUAUUCUGACUGCCUUAGUAGACAUGUAUGCUAAAUGUGGUAAUAUAAGUGAUGCCAGAAGUGGUUUUGAUUAUUUGAAAGAACCCGAUAUAGUCUUAUGGACUUCCAUGAUAGCAGGAUAUGUAAAGAAUGGGGAUAACGAAAAUGCUAUGGGUAUGUAUUGUAGAAUGUUGAAGGAGGGUGUUAUACCCAAUGAGUUGACAAUGGCGAGCGUGUUAAAAGCUUGUUCUAGCCUUGCUGCUUUGGAACAGGGGAAGCAGAUUCAUGCUCAUAUAGUGAAGCAUGGGUUUCGUCUUGAAGUUCCAAUUGGAAGUGCUCUGUCAACUAUGUAUGCAAAAUCUGGAAGCCUCCAUGACGGUAAUCUAGUCUUUAGACGGAUGCCUGCUAGGGACUUAGUGUCAUGGAACUCAAUGAUGUCAGGUCUUUCUCAGAAUGGCUGCGGCACUGAUGCCCUUGAACUUUUCGAGGAAAUGCUUCUUGAGGGAACAAAACCAGAUUAUGUUACUUUUGUAAAUAUUCUCUCCGCUUGUAGCCACAUAGGUUUGGUUGAGAGAGGGUGGAGUAUUUUCAAGAUGAUGUCUAAUGAGUUUGGGAUAGAACCUAGGCUAGAGCAUUUUGCGUGUAUGGUAGAUAUGUUUGGUCGUGCUGGAAAACUCUACGAAGCAAAGGAAUUUAUCGUAUCAGCAGCAAGUCAAGUUGACCAUGGUCUGUGUUUGUGGCGUAUCUUGCUAAGUGCUUGCAGGAACUAUAGAAACUAUGAAUUAGGUGCAUACGCUGGAGAGAAGUUAAUAGAAUUGGGUUCACAAGAGUCCUCAGCGUAUGUGCUACUCUCUAGUAUUUAUUCAGCUCUGGGAAGAUUGGAGGAUGUUGAACGCGUGAGAAGAUUGAUGAAUCUCCGUGGAGUAAGCAAAGAGCCUGGAUGUAGCUGGAUUGAGCUGAAGAGUCAGUUUCAUGUAUUUGUUGUUGGAGAUCAGUUGCAUCCACAAAUCAUACAUGUACGCAAAGAGUUAUGGAAGUUAAGUAAGCUAAUGAAAGAUGAGGGAUACAAACCACAUUUUGAUCCUUGCUUAGAGUUGGAGGAGUUAUAGAAUGAUUCCAUAUGCUUUUAUGGAAAUUAUUGUCUUUUUUUUUUUCAACCAUUUGUUAGAAAUGUUCUGUUUAAUCCAAACCUAAUAUUAUAUCUUGAAAUACUGCCUAAUACAGUAGUUGUUCUAUGAAAUUGGAGAUUUUGGUUUUUAUUAAA